AUGUUAAUGCACAAAGAUUUUCCAUUUGUGUUCGGCCCAGACCAGAUAGCAGCCCAAGACAAUCUCUGGUCGGCACUACUCAAAUUGCCAGCCCUUCGACCGAUUGACUAUGGGUCGGCAGCCAACGUCAUCCUCACCGUCAAUACCUCACAAAUCGUGGUUGGCUUCUACCUCUGCCAAUGCGCACUCGACAAUCCGCGGCUGAAGCUCGAACUCUACGGUCUCUUUUGCGCCCUUCAAUUGCUCAAAAUGUAUCUCAUCGGCGUUCAGAACCUGAUAGUCGAAGUAGAUGCACACUACAUCAAGGGCAUGCUCACUAACCCAGAUCUUGAACCCAGCACUAGCAUCAAUCGGUGGAUCGUCUCCAUCCUCACCUUCCAUUUCACACUCGUCCAUGUCCCUAACAACUUUGACGACUGGAUCGACAAUCUCUACGGCUUCCUCCAUCAGAUCAACAACACGUUCCCCACCUCCAUCUCAACUUUGACCACCGCCAUCUUCACCUCCUCACUCAUAGGCGACCCCCCGACCAAUACCGACACCGAGGACGAAGGCCCAACUAUCGACUAUUCAGAUAUCCCAUGA